AGGUAACUUAACUGUCAGUGUCAAAUAAUAAAAAUAUAACCUAUUCAAAUCUGUGAUAAAAACAACGGCAAAGUAAAUGGAGUCAAUCCGUAAAUUGAUAUACUACAGUAUUUUAAUAACCAUAUUUCAGUACGUGUACUGUGAUGAUUUUAAGGAAGAAAUUUUCCUCAAACCCUUGCCACCGACGCAUCUUUAUGGCUACUUUCAAUUUGUCACCUUAGUGGAUAGCGAAACAUCUUCAUUUCACUCCCACUUGGCUCCCCGAUCACUGACUGAAGUGAUAUCUCGCUUUCAAGUAGAGGAAUUGCAUCUUACUCUAACAGAAGGCCAGUGGAGACAUCAUCAAUGGGGAUAUCCAGUAUUAGACGCGGCGCCCGGAGCAGAGCUUUACGCUUGGUUCUCACCUGAUGUUGCAGAUGUUGAUACCCAAUGGAAAAAAUUAACUUCCACACUUUCCGGACUUUUUUGUGCAUCCCUGAAUUUCAUAGACAAUUUUAAUACAGUCACCCCUCAAAUGGCCCUGUGGCCCAUGGGAGCAGUGAAAUCUGGCCAAAAUGUUACAUCACAGUUGAGAUAUGCAUCAUUACCUAGGGAGAUUGUAUGCACAGAAAAUUUAACACCUUGGAAGAAAUUACUGCCCUGUGAAUCAAGUCGAGGGUUUUCAUCAUUGCUUAAUUCCAGAAUGAUACACAACACAAAUUAUCAUUCCAUUGGAGUACAUGUGAGGAAAAUAUGUAAAUCAAAUGAUUGUUCUGAAACUCAGCUAGAAAUUAAACAGACAGUGGCUCUUGUUUAUGAUUAUGACAUAAUCAACAGUAAUGAUUGGUCAUUCAGAAAACUUUUUGGGCAAGGUUUACCUGGAGCCUGUCCACUAUCCUCUGAGAGUAAGAUUUAUAUUGACAUCACUUCUAAUGAUACACAUGCCUAUACCUUGACUCCACCACCAGACAAUAUCAUUGUCUCUCAAAGGGGUGGAAGUGAUACAAGAUUGGCUGUCUAUAACAUAAAGGCUGAUGGACAAAUGAUAAACAUUGGAGCAAAGCAUAAUUCAAAGCCAGAUUUACCAGUUUCCAUCCCACCACCUCUACACUUUAAUAGAUACAUCUUGGGAUAUGGCAAAGAGUUUGGAGGUAUAGUGACUGAGUUGACAAACAAUUGCUGGACUUCUAUUAAUGUUGUUGUCCUGGAAAAUGCACCUUGGUGGCUACCCUUACAACUGAGUUCCCUAAGAGUUAAUGGUCAAGCUGAGAGUAGUCUAGUCCUAUCACAAUACUAUUCACCUGGCCGCAGCAGGCAGAAACCAUACCACUUGGAACUCCUAAUCAAGUUACCUCCAAGAUCAACCACUACUGUCACCAUAGAUUUUGAAUUUGUCUUCUUAAAAUGGCAAGAAUACCCUCCUGAUGCCAAUCAUGGUUUCUAUGUGGGCUCAGCUCUUAUUUCUGCCAAUUUACCCACAGCAAGAAACUACACUAGCCUGCCUAUUGCUGGCACUACAUUUGACUCGGUAGUCAAUGCAUCAAAACAAUGGUACCCCAUUGUAUUCAGAACAAAUGGUGCCAUGGUGUCUCUACCCACUCCGGACUUCAGUAUGCCAUACAAUGUUAUCUGUCUCGCCUGCACUGUCGUGGCUCUGGCAUUUGGUCCUCUCCACAACAUUUGCACUAAAGAGCUGGUUCUCAAACCAUUAGGAACACCUGUGUCAUUAACCCAAAAACUGUUUAACUUAUUUAAGAAGAAAAGAGAUUAGUGAAUUUAAUGGUAUUGUACAGUAAGAUAUGGACUGAAUAAAUUAAUAUUAUUUAAAAUA